AUGAAGUACCUCGCUGCCUACCUCCUCCUCGCCCUUGCCGGCAACGAGGCUCCCUCCUCCGCCGACAUCAAGGCUGUUCUCUCCUCCGUCGGCAUCGACGCUGAGGGUGACCGUCUCGAGAAGGUCAUCUCCGAGCUCCAGGGCAAGGACCUCCAGGAGCUGAUCGCUGAGGGUUCCACCAAGCUCGCCUCCGUUCCCUCCGGUGGUUCCGCCGCCGCCGCUGCCCCCGCCGCUGCCGGUGGUGCUGCCGCCCCCGCUGAGGAGAAGAAGGAGGAGAAGGAGGAAGAGGAGUCCGAUGAGGACAUGGGCUUCGGUCUCUUCGACUAA